GCGCGCCCGCCCGGGGGUCCUGCAGGCAACCCCGUCGUCAGGUGCGUUGCUGCAGGCCCUGCGGCUCCGAAGCAGCAGCAAAGACACCUAUCAUUCGCUGAGUUGAGAACAACUUUUCCGUCUACCUGGGAGAAUCUUUUCCCAUCUCUGAGGAAGAAAGAUGUCGUCGGAUGGGAGUUUCGCAGACAAGAAUUUCUGCUAUCUCAUCUCGUGUUUCAGGGCCAGAGUGAAAAGGUACAUCCAGGUGGAACCAGUAUUGGACUACCUGACUUUUCUAUCUCCAGAAGUGAAAGAGCAUAUUCAGAGGACGGCCGCCACCACUGGGGACAUUCAGGCAGCUGAUCUGCUUCUGAACACCUUGGAGAGGGGGAACUGGCCGCUCGGCUGGGCUAGGAUGUUCGUAGAGGCCCUCCGGCAAGCAGGCAACCCCUUAGCCGCCCGCUAUGUGAACCCAGAGCUCACGGACUUGCCUUCUCCAUCGUUUGAGAACGCUCACGAUGAGUGUCUCCAACUGCUGAACCUUCUUCAGCCCACACUGGUGGACAAGCUUCUGGUUGCAGAUGUCUUGGAUAAAUGUGUGGAGGAGAAACUGUUGACAGUUGAAGACAGAAAUCGGGUUUCUGCUGCAGAAAAUAAUGGAAAUGAAGCAGGGGUAAGAGAGCUACUGAAAAGGAUUGUGCAGAAAGAAAACUGGUUUUCUACAUUUCUAACUAUUCUGAGGCAGACGGGAAAUGAUGAGCUUGCCCAGGAGUUAACAGGCACCAAUUGUUGUGAAGACAAUACAGAGUCUGAGAAUUUAUCACAAGAAGAUGGUCUCGAAGUCAAAGAGCCACUCCUUUUAGCCACGGAGCAGCCAAAUCUGGAGGUCUGGGACAUAGAGAAUAGUUCACUGGAAUCGUCUCUUGCAGAUUCUUCUAUAGUUUCAGAAUCAGACACAAGUUUGGCAGAAGGAAGUGUCAGCUGCUUAGAUGAAAGUCUUGGACAUAACAGCAACAUGGGCAGUGAUUCAGGCACCAUGGGAAGUGAUUCAGAUGAUGAGAAUGUGGCUCAAAGAGCAUCCCCCGAGCCAGAGCUGAAUCUCAGGCCUUACCAGCUGGAAGUGGCCCAGCCUGCCCUGGAGGGGAAGAACAUCAUUAUAUGCCUCCCUACAGGGAGUGGGAAAACCAGAGUGGCCGUUUACAUUGCCAAGGAUCACUUGGAUAAGAAGAAAAAAGCAUCUGAACCUGGAAAAGUUAUGGUUCUCGUCAAUAAGGUACCAUUAGUUGAACAGCUCUUCCGCAAAGAGUUCGAACCAUUUUUGAAGAAAUGGUAUCAUGUUACUAGAUUAAGUGGUGAUACCCAAUUGAAAAUAACAUUUCCAGAAGUUGUCAAGUCUCAUGAUGUUAUUAUCAGUACAGCUCAAAUCCUUGAAAACUCCCUUUUAAACUCAGAAGAAGGUGAAGAUGAUGGUAUAGAGUUGUCAGACUUUUCUCUCAUCAUCAUUGAUGAAUGCCAUCACACCAACAAAGAAGCGGUUUAUAACAACAUCAUGAGGCGUUAUUUGAAACAGAAGUUGAAAAACAAUAAACUUAAGACAGAAAACAAACCAGUGAUUCCCUUACCUCAAAUAGUGGGACUAACAGCCUCACCAGGUGUCGGAGGAGCCAAAAAGCAAGCCAAAGCAGAAGAACACAUUUUAAAAAUAUGUGCCAAUCUUGAUGCAGUUACCAUUAAAACCGUGAAACAAAAUAUUAAUCUACUUAAAGAGCAAAUAAAGGAGCCAUGCAAAAAGUUUGUAAUUGCAGAUGACACCAAAAAAGACCCAUUUAAAGAUAAGCUGCUAGAAAUAAUGACAAAGAUUCAAAUUUUUUGCCAAAUUAGUCCAAUGUCAGAUUUUGGAACUCAACCCUAUGAACAAUGGCUCAUUCAAAUGGAAAAAAAAGCUGCAAAAGAAGGAAAUCGCAAAGAUCGUGUUUGUGCAGAACAUCUGAGGAAGUACAAUGAGGCCCUACAAAUUAAUGACACAAUCCGUAUGAUUGAUGCAUAUAAUCACCUUGAAACUUUCUACAAUGACGAGAAAGAGAAGAAGUUUGCGGUCCUCCUAGGAGAUGACAGUGAUGAGAGUGAUGACGAUGGCGAUAAUGAAGAUGUAGGUGAUGGAAAAACACCUUUGAAGCUGCAUGAGACAGAUGACUUUCUCAUAUCUCUAUUUUUGGGAAAUAAGAAAAAGUUGAAAAAACUAGCCCAAAACCCAGAACAUGAAAAUGAAAAGCUCAUCAAAUUGAGAAACACCAUAAUGGAACAAUAUUCAAGGACUGAAGGGUCAGCACGAGGAAUAAUUUUCACAAAAACACGACAGAGUGCAUAUGCCCUUUCCCAGUGGAUUACUGAAAAUGAAAAAUUUUCAGAAGUAGGAGUCAAAGCCCACCAUCUUAUUGGCGCUGGACACAGCAGUGAGUUCAAGCCCAUGACACAGAAUGAACAAAAAGAAGUCAUUAGUAAAUUUCGCACGGGAAAAAUAAAUCUGCUUAUCGCUACCACAGUGGCAGAAGAAGGUCUGGAUAUUAAAGAAUGUAAUAUCGUUAUCCGUUAUGGUCUCGUCACUAAUGAAAUAGCCAUGGUCCAGGCCCGUGGUCGAGCCAGAGCUGAUGAGAGCACCUAUGUUCUGGUUGCCCAAAGCGGCUCAGGGGUUGUUGAACGUGAGACAGUUAAUGAUUUCCGAGAGAAAAUGAUGUAUAAAGCUAUAGACCGUGUUCAAAAUAUGAAACCAGAGGAGUAUGCUCAUAAGAUUUUGGAAUUACAGAUGCAAAGUAUAAUGGAAAAGAAAAUGAAAACCAAGAGAAGUAUUGCAAAGCAGUUCAAGGACAAGCCAUCAUUAAUAAAUUUUCUGUGUAAAAACUGUAGUGUGCCAGCCUGCUCUGGAGAAGAUAUCUACGUAAUUGAGAAGAUGCACCAUGUCAAUAUGACACCAGAGUUCAAGAAACUGUACUUUGUGAGAGGAAACAAAGCACUGCAAACAACGUGUGCUGAGUAUCAAACAAAUGGCGAGAUAAUCUGCAAUAAAUGUGGCCAAGCUUGGGGAACGAUGAUGGUGCACAAAGGCUUAGAUUUGCCUUGUCUCAAAAUAAAGAAUUUUGUAGUGGUUUUCCAAAAUAAUUUACCAAAGAAACAAUACAAAAAGUGGGUAGAAUUACCAAUCACAUUUCCUGAUCUUAACUAUUCGGAAUAUUGUUUGUUUAGUGAUGAGGACUGACGUUUGAUUCCAGAUUUCUUUUAAAAAUAUUAACAACUUGACAUUUACAUGAUUUUGAUUGUUUUCAUCAUGCUACAGAACUUAUGUGAACAUUAAUAAAAGUCAAUGCUUUACUCUGUAUUGAGCUAUAUGAAAGAAGACAGUAUAUUAUGCUUUCAAUUUCUACCUUGUUGGUGGGCAGAGGUGAAAAAUGAAAACCUUCCAGCAAAACCCUUUAGUGUGGAGCAGUAUAUUGCUGUGGGAAGGAUGUUCGAGUAUAAAUAAGGAUCUGAGGUACUAAUCUCAGUCUUGUCACUAAAUUUCAGAAUAAAAUUAAGCAAAUCA